CAGCCCAGCCUGCCCCGCUCCGGGCUCCUCCUCCUGCGCGCUCACUUUUCCCUGGCUAGCGGCGCGCUGGCUGGAGGAGCGCUGGGCAAAGUAAGCCCAGGGGGGAAGGAGGAAAAAAAAAAAAAAAAAAAAAAAAGACACAAAAAAACCAGAGCCCAUCCCAUCGGUGGUUCGGAGUUUGGGAAGGGUCGUCACCAUGUCCGAGUCGGGGGAGAUGACUGAAUUUGGCUACAUUAUGGAAUUGCUAGCCAAAGGCAAGGUGACUAUUAAGAAUAUCGAAAGAGAGCUUAUAUGUCCAGCAUGCAAGGAGCUGUUUACCCACCCAUUGAUUCUCCCUUGUCAACAUAGUAUCUGUCAUAAAUGCGUAAAAGAACUUUUACUCUCUCUUGAUGAUUCAUUCAAUGAUGUGGGAUCCGAUAACUCCAAUCAGAGCAGUCCUCGACUUCGGCUCUCUUCCCCUAGCAUGGAUAAAAUUGACAGAAUUAACAGACCAGGUUGGAAGCGUAACUCAUUGACCCCCAGGACAAUGACUCUUCCUUGUCCUGGCUGUGAGCAUGAUGUAGAUCUGGGAGAACGAGGGAUCAGCGGUUUAUUUCGAAAUUUCACUUUGGAGACUAUUGUGGAAAGGUACCGGCAGGCAGCAAGGGCAGCCACGGCCAUUAUGUGUGACCUCUGUAAACCACCACCUCAAGAAUCCACCAAGAGCUGCAUGGACUGUAGUGCAAGCUAUUGCAAUGAGUGCUUCAAAAUCUACCAUCCUUGGGGUACUGUCAAAGCGCAGCAUGAGUAUGUGGGCCCAACCACCAACUUCAGACCCAAGAUAUUAAUGUGCCCAGAGCAUGAGACUGAGAGAAUAAACAUGUACUGCGAAUUAUGUAGGAGGCCAGUUUGCCAUCUCUGUAAGCUGGGCGGUAAUCAUUCCAAUCACCGUGUAACCACCAUGAGCAGUGCCUACAAAACCUUAAAGGAGAAGCUUGCAAAGGACAUUGAUUUCCUUAUCGGUAAAGAAAGCCAGGUGAAGAGUCAAAUUUCUGAGCUAAACUUGUUAAUGAAAGAAACGGAGUGCAAUGGAGAGAGGGCCAAAGAAGAAGCGGUCACACAUUUUGAAAAGCUCUUUGAUGUUCUGGAAGAGAGGAAGUCAUCUGUACUGAAAGCAAUAGAUGCCUCGAAGAAGCUAAGACUAGACAAACUUCACACUCAAAUGGAAGAAUACCAGGGGCUUCUAGAGAACAACGGGCUUGUGGGAUAUGCUCAAGAAGUCCUGAAGGAGACAGAUCAGUCUUGUUUUGUCCAGACAGCCAAGCAACUGCACCUCAGAAUACAGAAGGCCACGGAAUCGUUGAAGAGCUUUCGACCUGCAGCUCAGACUUCUUUUGAGGAUUAUGUUGUGAAUACAACUAAACAAACAGAAGUUCUUGGAGAGCUGUCCUUUUUCUCGAAUGGUGUAGACAUUCCUGAGAUCAACGAGGAACAGAGUAAAGUUUAUAACAAUGCCUUGAUAAGUUGGCACCAUCCAGACAAGGAGAAAGCUGACAGCUAUGUUCUUGAAUACCGGAAGAUUAAUCGAGAUGAGGAAAUGGUGUCAUGGAAUGGAAUAGAAGUGUGCAAUACAAGCAAAAUUGUCUCCAAUCUUGAAAGCAACAGUCACUAUGCUUUCAGAGUGAGAGCUUACAAGGGCUCCAUCUGUAGUCCCUGCAGCAGAGAACUGAUUCUUCACACGCCUCCAGCGCCAGUUUUCAGUUUCCUGUUUGAUGAAAAAUGUGGCUAUAAUAAUGAACACCUCCUGCUGAACUUGAAAAGAGACCGGGUGGAGAGUAGAGCUGGAUUCAAUGUUCUUCUUGCUGCUGACCGUAUCCAAGUGGGAUAUUACACAAGCUUAGAUUACAUCAUUGGAGAUGCUGGCAUAACGAAAGGGAAACACUUUUGGGCCUGCCGUGUGGAACCAUAUUCAUAUCUGGUAAAAGUAGGAGUGGCUUCCAGUGAUAAACUACAAGAAUGGCUCCGUUCACCUCGGGAUGCAGCUAGUCCAAGAUAUGAGCAAGACAGUGGGCAUGACAGUGGGAGUGAAGACGCCUGUUUUGAUUCUUCACAGCCAUUUACAUUAGUUACUGUAGGCAUGAAGAAAUUUUUUAUACCUAAGUCACCAACUUCUUCUAAUGAACCUGAACAUAGAGUCCUGCCUAUGCCAACAAGUAUAGGGAUUUUCCUUGACUACGAUAAAGGUAAAGUGAGUUUCUAUGAUAUGGAUCACAUGAAAUGCCUCUAUGAGCGCCAAGUGGACUGUUCGCACACAAUGUAUCCAGCAUUUGCACUCAUGGGCAGCGGAGGAAUUCAACUUGAAGAACCCAUCACAGCAAAAUAUCUGGAAUAUCAAGAGGGCAUGUAGUCUGAACACCCCAUGUGACUUGAAUGAAAAAUGUGAACGGAACAAUGCCUUGGUGUUAGCCUUUGUAACUAAUUACAUGUCAUUUACACCUUCUGUCAUCACAAUUGUUUUCGGUGUAUGAUUCUUUCAUUGUCGUCAUUUUGUUUGACAGAGGCUCUUGCAGUGUAGCCCAGGUGGGCCUCAAGUUCUUUCCCCUGCACAGCCUCCCCCGAGUGCUGGGAUCUUAGGGGUGCACCGUCAUGCCCAGCUGGUAUAUUCCUUCACGCGCAGAAAACCUCUGCUGACCUUGUCUGCUCUGUGUCAGUGCUUUCACAGUGGUAAAAGGGAAGAUGUCCUUUCCUAGCUAGUGCUGAAUGGUUGACUCUAAAACUGGAUCGUCUUUUCUUUGUGCCUAGGGAAGCUAUUUAAGUCAGCUUGUGUUACUGAUAUUUACGGUUUUUUUUAAUUGGUGAGGUUUGAAAGUAUUUAUUAUGCAUCUUUGUGUUUGAUUUUUAAUUUUUAUAUUAUGUUUCUGUCUAAAGAGAAGAUAUUUUUAAAUGCCUAUAGAUAAAGAUUAGUGUUAAGCUGUGUGGGGUUUUUUUGCAUUUGUUUUUAGUAGGAAAAUAAAGUUGUAGAUAAGUAAAAUGACAAAGGCCAUAAAAUGGUAGCAUAUUUAUGUGGAAAUUAUGUAUUUUAAAAUGUGUAACUACUAAGAGUAUAUUGCCUGGAGAAUAACUAAAUGAAUACUGUUCUUUUUUUUUAAACCACAAACUGUAUUGGUAAGGAAAACUUUAAGAGUUUACUUAACUAUAAUGCCCAUUGCCUGGAAUGUAUAGCAAAUGUGGUUUCUUUACAGGAAACACAAAGUUCUUGAACCCAUGAAACUUUCCACUUCCUAUAAUUUUUUUCAAAAAAUUUUCAAUUUUUCUUAUUCUAGAAAAUGCUUGUUUUUAUAUUGAAGAAUUAUUUUUCAGAAAUACUAAUGAAGAAUCGAGUAUAAACUCCAAGUCAUAUUUAUUCUUUUGUCUUGGGAUUUUUAUUUUUCAGCACAAUUAAUAUAUGUUGUAUUUUUCUGGUUUGUGUUUACAAGUUUGAGAAGUUCAUUUUCUAUUUUUGGUAGCAUUAAGCAUACUGUAAAACACGUAAGUUAUUGUUAAGUUGUGUGGCAUUUUUUUUUGGAUCAUUGUUGGUAAUAAACAUUUGUAACAAGUAAGUAAAGACAAAUUUAAUUCUUUAGGGGUAAUAGCUAUACUCACAAGGAUUAUGUAUACCUUUUAAAAAUGGAAAUUUCUAUAAAUACACUUUAAUUGAACAUUCUUUUUGGGGCGGGGGGUUCAAGGUAGGGUCUCCUUCUAGCCUAGACUGAGUUGGAAUUCACUAUGUAGUCUCAGGCUGGCCUCAAACUCAGUGUUCCUCCUACUUUGGCCUCCCAAAUGCUGGGAUUAAAGGCGGGUGCCACCAUGUCCAGCUUUACAUUCAGUUAUGAAAGCUGUCCUUUCAGGUAGAUGAUUUUUAAGUUUUUGUUGUUUAGGAAUUAAAAUGUCCAGCCAGGUGUGGUGGUGCACGCUUUUAAUCCCAGCACUCAGGAGGCAGAGGUAAGAGGAUCGCUGUGAGUUCAAGUCUACCCUGAGACUACAAAGUGAAUUCCAGGUCAGCCCAGGCUAGAGUGAGACCCUCCCUUGAACCCCCCCCCCCAAAAAAAAAAGUCCAAACAUGAAGACUUACACACUUUAGCACUAAUCAUUUAUAUAGACUGUUAUUGACAUUUUAUUGGAGUAACCAAAAUGUUCAUUUUUUUUAAAAAAGUAUUUUAAUGGAAAUCUCGUUGGUCAAUAGAUCUAUAAUAGACCUGUCCCACUCUGCCAACUCAAGUAGAAAAUAUCAUGCAAAAUAUGUGUUUAGUAGUCAUUGUUACUUUGUGAUCUAUGAAUAACAGCACUUUAACACAGGCUAAACAGAAAUAUGCAGUGUUAUGUGGACUGUUGUGCAAUAAAGCUAUUAAGAUCAAGGUUAAGUUCAAUCCUCUCAAGUUUUGUGUAAGCAUAUGUCAUGUAGACAUUCCAAAAUAUAAAGCUUUAACAGGAAUAAGAAAGCUGUCUCAGACAUUGUAUAGUUGUAAAUAAUAGCUCAGUGGAAUUUCAUAUUUAAUAAAAAUUCAAAGGAAGUCACUUCGGGAACUUUUACUAUGCUUUGUGGAAAACUGAAACGAAAUAAUUAAAAAAUGCUUCACUUCA